CAAAGACGCGCGCACUUCAUCUACGCAUCAACAGCGGCGGCGGCAGAGGCAGCAGCAGCAGCAGCAGCGUCGUCGUUUUUUUAUCAUCAUCUUCGGUGGCUCGCGGAGCUGGCGGUGGAGCGCGCCAGGGUAACGCUGGGUGGACAAUCCUCGCGGCCAGGGUGACCCGCGAGGGUGAAAGGACACCGCGUGUCGCACACGUGCGUGCGCGCGCGCGUACGGUGGAGGGGGACACGUGAGAUUCGUCAGCUCCGCGACUCGAGCGUGCGGAGCAGCUGAGAGCCGCAGCUGGAUGUGCCCGGUGCGUGGACGGGUGAGAGCGUUUCCUGGGCAGGUGUGUGCACAGAGACAGGGGUGAGCCUCUAAGCAGAAGGGCCAGCUUUCUUGGACGAGUGUGUAGUCCACCAUUCUGAUGUCGUUAAGUGGCCGAGCCGGAAGAGGCGUGUGUGUCACCGACUAGGUGGUGCGCUCUACUGCAUAGGCGCGCGCGUUCCUGGACAGGCGUAAGCGUCUCGGUACAGGCGUGGGUGUCUUCUUUGACAAUCAUCUCCACGCGAGAGCCGUUCUGCUUGAGCCGAUUGUAAGAGGAGGAGGCGGCGGAGUGCUCGUCCCUGGGCAGCUGUGCGCUUCGCUGCCCAGGUGCGUGAGCACGCUGAACGGCCCUGUUCUGCUGGAGCUGCCGAGUGGCCGAGAGGAAGAGGAGGAGGGAGGAGGAGGAGACGAUGGGGUCGGGGAGAAGGCGAGGGACUCCAGUGGCGCACAGAGCGCGGCGCGUAUGAAUGAGAUCUCGCUCCGAGUGUGACGAUCGAAGAGGGUCGGUUUGGCUGCCGGUUUACGUCGCACGCAUGGCCGCGAUAGAGACCAGCCUCCUCGGGGAUCCGGAGAAGGAGAAUGAACGGGAGGAGGAAGAUCUGGGAGAGUCACGAUUGGAGGCGGUGACGGUGGAGGAGACCCAGCUCCCAAUAUCCGUGGAGGACCUGGAGCCAGAACUCCCGGGCUCCCUGAGCGAGGAGGCGCUGCGUGCGCUGCUGCAGACGCGCGGGGAGGAACUGGGUCCCGCGGGGCGCGAGGCUCUGAGCGCACUGCUGCAUCGAGAGGAGCACGGGGCCGUCUCCUAUCGGCUCUUCGUGGAGGCGCUCAGCAACAAGCGGCGAGCGAGCUUCAGGUGCGCGGUGUCGCAAGGCCUGCGGUCGGACGUGUUAGAAGGGGGCAUCGCGGGGAGCAGCGUUGGCGUUGUGGGGGGCUCGGCCGGAGUGGGGGACCGCUGUCUGCUGAGCGUGGCGCGAGAGACGCUGCCCCGUGACUCGGAGCGCCGCUGGUUCCUGCACAUGUACUCGGGGUGCCCGCCCCCCCUUCUCAUGCCGAGCAUCUCUCUCGCGCAGGUCGUUGUGUUUGUGCUGUACGGGCUGACGCUGGGCACGUGGCUUCUGCCCACUUACGACGCCGACUUCAUGAAUGGGUCGCUUCUCUACUCCCCCACGACGCGCCACGAGGCGUGGAGGUUCAUCAGCUACGCGCUCACGCACGCCGGCGCAGAGCAGUUGGGACUGGCCCUCCUGGCCCAGCUGAGCGUGGGGCUGCCUCUGGAGAUGGCCCAUGGCUCUCUGCGGAUAGGGGCGGUUUACAUGGCCGGUGUUCUAGCAGGCUCCCUGGCGGGCUCGGUGGCGGACAGGAGGGCCCCCCUCUUGGGGUCCUCGGGAGGGGUCUACGCUCUUCUCUCCGCCCACCUGGCCAACAUCGCCAUGAACUGGUCGAGGAUGAAAGGUUCCUUCAGAGUGUUGAGGAUGGCCUUCCUCCUGCUGCUCAUGAGCGCCGAAUUGGGCCGCGCGGUGUGGCUCCGUCUCUCCCCGAGGCCGUCGCCUGCCCAGCCCAGCUUCGUGCCCCACCUGGCCGGGGUGUGGGUGGGCCUCACGCUCGGUCUGGCCGUGCUGCGUGGCUACGAGCAGCGGCUGCGCGACCAGUGCUGCUGGCGCGUCGCGUCGCUGGCGUACGCCGCAUCCGUGCUGCUCGCCGUCGCGUGCAACGUGGCGAUGGGUGACCCGGGGUCAGCCGACACGCCACCACCGGCGGCAGAGGUGGCGGCGGCAGGGGGCCACUGACCGUUGCUUUUUGGCCGUGAGAUCCCCGCGUGGGUGUGAUGGGGCCCGGCUCGGGUUGCCACCCUCUGGAAGAAAACAACGGUAGAAAAUUGAGAGUGAUUUUCUGCUCAAAUGUUUACAGCCCUGAUGAGCCAGUUGUGGAAAUUCCACAUUGAUAUGGCGGGGGUGAGUCUAUCCAUAGGAAAACCACCGUGGAGUCCUCUACAAAAUGGUACUUAGUUUAUCAACCCGAGAGAGAGGAUCAGUUGACUCAACCCCCCCCCCCCCAAACGGGAUUAGAACUGGAAGUUUCUAAUUGCAAGCUGCUUGCUCGCUCGAACCACCCGAGGUACAAAAUUAUCCAGAACAUAUCAUGGGACGAAGAAUAUUUCGCAACAAUAUGAGGGGAAAACUACAUGUAAAUGAUAUGUAAAGAAAGCUAAGACUUUUAAUGUCCUAGGAAGACUUUACAGAUUUCCUAGCAAUAGCUACCUCAAAAAGAAGGACGAUCCUGGGAAAACCGGGACAGGUGGCAACCCUAGGCCCCGUGUCGAUAUUAUUAAGAGGGCCUCUUUUCGGACGGGCGGACGGGCGGGUGGCGUGAGCCCGCAGUGAACGUAGAAAAUUGUCUUUGAGGUUGGGACUCAACUACCCUCGAGAUGGGCUUCCUGGAGCUCCCUCUAGUGGAGGCCCUUCUACGAGCAGUGGGUGAGCGAACGAUGAUCACACGACACGUUUACCUAAAAAGGGAUGCAAAGACAAUGGCGUGUGGAAAACGAGGUGGUAUUUAAUGAAGCUAAAUAAUUUAUACUUGCGAUAGUGUUAUUUUUCGUAUGGUUGUUUUAUUUAAUGAAAGUGAUUUUUUUUCAUAUAGAUAUUUAAAUGUUGACGUUCUUAUUUGCUUUCGUUGUGUGAUAUAUAUUUUCAUCAGCGUUGUCGUUUUUAUACAAGUACAUGAU